AUGAUUACUAACCAACUCGGUGGUGGUAAAGUAUUGGGAUACAAUUGUCGUAAUUGGCUAAGUCAUGAUUGGCAAGGCAGUUUAAGAAAUUUUAAUCAAAAUAGAACUUGGGAAUUCGCCGAUCUUUCUACUAGAAGAGAAAGAACACAGUACGAAUGUGAUUUAUGGUAUGGUGAUCGAAAAGAAUUUCAUUUUGAUAAACUUGAAAUAUAUCGAGCUGCCGCGAGUGAUAGAUGUAAUCAAAUACGUCAAUGGGCAGCCAGACCUGAUGGGAUUUACUUCAGAAGAGAUCAUGACAAACCAUUAGGCUUUGUCCUCCCCUGGAAGAAAAGAUAG